AUGGAUGGUUUUGACAGUUACUGUCCGAGCUCUCAGGCUCUUACAUUUUUCGAUCCUGAUGAAGAUGGUCUGAUUGGUGGAGAUACACAAGGUCCGGAUUUUGAUGCUAGUGAUUUUUCCUUGCCUACUCAGUCACAAACUCAAUCCCCAAUUAAGGUAGGCAGUGUGAAUCUGCAAUCGUUGGAGGACGAGACGUCAACAUUUCUUGAGGAACUUCCUGAGCACGCAUGUGCAUAUUGUGGAAUAAGUGAUCCCGCUUCGGUCGUGUUGUGCACUAAUUCAAAGAAAUGGUUCUGUAACGGUCGAGGUAACACCUCGGGAAGCCAUAUUGUGAAUCACCUCGUCCGUUCGCGAUACAAGGAGGUAUCACUUCACAAGGAUAGCCCACUGAAAGACACUAUUUUGGAAUGCUACGUUUGCGGCUCCAGAAAUGUGUUCCUUUUAGGCUUUGUGCCGGCUAAGGCUGAGUCCGUAGUCGUGUUAUUGUGUCGACAUCCAUGUGCUAACCAAAAUAAAGACAUGAAUUGGGAUCCCAGUCAAUGGCAGCCCCUAAUUCAGGAUCGGCAAUUUUUAUCUUGGCUUGUGAAAGUUCCAAGUGACGAAGAUCAGGCCAAGGCGCGUCAAAUAUCGGCCCAACAAAUCAAUCGUCUUGAGGAAUUAUGGAAAGAAAAUCCAGAAGCUGAGGUUGUUGACUUAGAGCGACCAGGUACGGAGAAAGAAGUGGAUCCUAUCCUUCUGAGGUAUACUUCUCCCGCUCACUACCGCCAGACUUUCGUCCCACUUGUUCAGCUCGAAGCAGAUUAUGAUCGAAAAAUCAAGGAGUCCCUUAAACUAGAAAAUAUUUGUGUUCGCUGGGAGGUAGCAUUAAACACGAAAAUGAUGGCGUAUUUUCGCAUUCCUGGAGCUAACGAAGGUCCGGAACUGCGAAUUAUGCAUGGUGAUGAGUUGCUUCUUCGACACCAGAAUUCUUCUGACGAACACAGCAUCGCAACUGGGCAUGUUACAAAAAUUCCCGAUAAUUUUAGUGAUGAAGUGGCGCUCGAAAUGAAGCGUAUACCAGAUUCGUUCGCCAACGCGCCAUCGUACACCGUUGAAUUCAAGUGGAAGUCAACGCCAUUUGAAAGAAUGAAACAAGCGAUUAAUAGAGUGGGAGAUGAUGCUCUGCCUAGAUAUAUCUCAUUAAGACUACUUGGUCACGAAAUGGAGGAUAUGGUUCUGAAGUGCAAUCUUCCAAAGCGAUAUUCUGCUCCUGGCCUUCCUGAGCUGAAUCAUAGCCAAGUUUAUGCAGUUAAGACCGUUCUCCAACGUCCUCUAAGUUUGAUUCAAGGCCCUCCUGGCACGGGAAAAACCGUCACUUCAGCCACGAUCGUGUAUCACCUAAGUCAGAUUCAUCAACGAAAGGUAUUGGUGGUUGCUCCUAGCAAUACUGCCGUUGACCAGUUAUGUGAAAAGAUUGACCGCACAGGCUUGAAGGUCGUCCGUGUUUGCGCCCGAUCCAGGGAAGCCUUGGUUUCACCAGUUGCUCGGUUAAUGCUGCAUACCCAAGCUCAGAAUGUUAAGGGACAUACUGAAUUGAGAAAAUUACAGCAGCUUAAGGAUGAGGCCGGUGAACUGAGCCAGGAAGAUGAAAACCGUUAUCGGAUGUUGAAACGCCAACUAGAGCGUGAUAUUCUCGAAGCGGCAGAUGUAGUAUGUUGCACUUGUGUGACCGCUGGAGACGCGCGCCUGCCGUUGGAUUUCCAUUCCGUUCUUAUCGAUGAGUCUACACAGGCAACAGAGCCGGAAUGCCUAAUUCCUCUAAUGGUCGGGUGCCGCCAAGUUGUCCUGGUAGGCGAUCACUGUCAGCUGGGACCCGUGAUUACAUGUAAGAAAGCGGCUAAAGCUGGUCUCACACAAAGCUUGUUUGAACGCUUCGUACUCUUGGGGAUCCGUCCAAUUCGCCUUCAGGUACAGUAUCGGAUGCAUCCAGCCCUCUCCGCCUUUCCAAGCAAUGUUUUUUAUGAAGGCAGUUUGCAAAACGGUGUCACCACUGAGGAUCGAUGUAAGGAAAUCGAUUUUCCUUGGCCUAAUCCUGAUCGACCGAUGUUCUUCUACUGCACUUCUGGUCAAGAGGAGAUCUCUGGGAACGGUGUUUCGUACCUUAAUCGAACUGAAGCUGCAACCGUAGAGAAAAUUGUCACGAAGAUGCUCAAGGUCGGAGUUGACCCCACAACAAUUGGUGUGAUUACACCAUAUGAAGGUCAGCGCGCCUACCUCGUGCAUUAUUUCCAUCAAUCAGGUUCACUGAAUUCGAAACUUUACCAAGAGGUUGAAGUUGCCAGCGUUGACGCUUUUCAGGGUCGCGAAAAAGAUUUUGUCAUCCUGUCUUGUGUACGCGCAAAUGAGCAUCAAGGAAUUGGUUUUCUAAACGACCCACGGCGUCUCAACGUGGCCCUUACCCGUGCCAAAUUCGGUAUGAUUGUUGUUGGCAAUCCAAAGGCCCUAUGUAAGCAACCGUUAUGGAACCACUUGCUGCAUUUCUAUAAGGACCAACACUUACUUGUUGAGGGACCACUGAACAACUUGACAGAAUAUGUGCUUCACUUUCCCAAGCCGAAAGUCCCGUACAGUUAUAAGCCAGGAACUCAUCACUUUAAUCAGCUGGCAGCUGCGAUGGCUCAAGCGGCUGCAGCUGCACGCUCAAAGCUUCCAUCUGCACCCCAGGGCGCCUUCGCCCAGCCUCACGGCACAGCCUCAGCAGGCUUCCCAAAUCAAAGCAUGGCCUUCAUGCAGGCUAUGGCUGCAGCCGCUGCUUCUUACUUCGGAACCGGAGGGGCAGGCAACCCUGGAGCCGCGAGUCCAGGAUCUGCUAACUCGUCAGCUAGCCACGCUGCUGCUUAUGCCGUUGCGGCGGCGGCAGCAGCUCACCAGGGAGUAACAUUUCCUAGAAAUGGGCAGCAGUCAAGUCAACCACACCAGCAAUCUGGAUUUGCUUCUGGGAAUCCAUACCUGUUCGACCAAAUAGGCUACAUUAGCGCAAAUCAACAGUUUGCCGCGGCAAGCGCAAAUUCGAGUAAGUAA